GGGGCCGCCGUCCCCUCCCUCCCUUCCCCGCCGAGCCCGAGGCCGCCGGCCCCGCCGCCGCCGCCGGGGAGCGGGCUCUGAGGGCGGGUCGCUCCCCGCCCGCCUCUGUGCUUGUGGCCCGGUGCCGCCGCCCCCGCGCGGGACCGGGCGCCGCGGAGGAUGAGCUGGUUCAACGCCUCGCAGCUGUCCAGCUUCGCCAAGCAGGCGCUGUCGCAGGCCCAAAAGUCCAUCGACCGGGUGCUGGACAUCCAGGCCGAGGAGAGCUCCUGGCCCGACGCCGUCAUCCCCGACUACGGCGACGGAACAAAUUCUCUCGUAAGUGGAGGAUGGGAUACAUCUUCCUGGCGCUUAAGUUCAAAUACAGAACCACAGAAUCAGCCAAUAUCGCCAACCGCAAUUACUAAGCCAGUGAGGAGGACGGUAGUAGAUGAAUCUGAAAACUUCUUCAGUGCCUUUCUCUCUCCGACAGAUGUUCAGAGUAUACAGAAAAAUCCAGUGGUGUCCAAACCUCCAGCCAAAUCGCAGCGACCCAAAGAGGAGGUGAAAAGCACUUCAAAGGAGUCUCAACACCCCAGUCAGCUGGAAGUACCAGUGACAACAGAGGCAGAAGUGAAGGAUUCCUCCAUAGCUGUCCUAGUGGACUUGAAAAACCUCGAUAUUCCCAAGGAGAAAUUGGAAGAGAAUUCUCUGCUUAAAUCUAAUGCCAAGCCUGAAGAAAGCACAAAUGAAGUUACUGACAAAAAGGUGUCUGCUCUAAAUUUGGAAGUACCUGAAGAUGCUCUUAAUGAAAAAUCCAGCAUAGGAGGGGAUGCAAUGGGAGGUGCACCGGAUAGCACUUCGCAGCCUCUUAAUGCAGGUACAAAAGACAUGGGUUUGGAAACUAAGGAGCGGAAGACUGAGGACAGGCAAAGCAAUACGCCUUCACCUCCAAUUAGCACUUUCUCCUCGGGGACAUCCACAACUAGUGAUAUUGAAGUGCUGGACCAUGAAAGUGUAAUAAGUGAGAGCUCAGUAAGUUCAAGACAAGAAGCUGCAGAUUCAAAAUCUAGUCUUCAUCUAAUGCAAACAUCAUUUCAGCUUUUAUCCACAUCUGCCUGUGCGGAUUAUAAUCGUUUAGAUGACUUUCAAAAAAUGACCGAGAGCUGCUGCUCCUCUGAUGCUUUCGAAAGAAUUGAUUCAUUUAGUGUACAGUCUUUAGAUAGUAGAAGUGUAAGUGAAAUAAAUUCAGAUGAUGAGUUAUCAGGCAGAGCUUCUGCUUCAGCAUCUGUUGCUGUCAGUCCUUCUGCGCCAAAGACAGAAACGGUUGAUGCCCAGAAAAAUAAAUCUGAAAACUUGAAUGACACUCCUGUUUUACAUGCUGAGGAAGCUGAGAUGGAAGAGAGUGGGAGAAGCGCAACCCCUGUUAAUUCUGAGCAGCCAGAUGUUUUGGUUGCUACUGUGCAAAAUGUUGAAGAACAGGUUGUGAAAGAAGAGACUGAGCCGCAGCAGGAUGCUGUUGAAAAAUUGUUAGAAGAGGAUGCUGAAAAGCAAGAGCUUAAAAAGAUGAUUGAUUCAUUAACUGAGAAACUGGAGAAGAGGGAAAUACAGUUAUUAAGUACUAGUAAAGAAAAGGCGCGCCUGGAAGAAGCUUAUGAUAACCUAAAAGAUGAAAUGUUUAGAAUGAAGGAAGAGAGCAGUAGCCUUUCAUCUCUUAAAGAGGAGUUUGCUCAGCGAAUUGCAGAUGCUGAAAAGAAGCUCCAGCUAGCCUGCAAAGAAAGAGAUGCAGCUAAAAAGGAAGUAAAGACUGUUAAAGAAGAAUUGGCUACUAGGCUUAAUACCAAUGAAACUGCCGAAUUACUGAAAGAAAAAGAAGAGCAAAUCAAAGGAUUAAUGGAGGAAGGAGAAAAGCUUUCCAAACAGCAGCUGCACAAUUCCAACAUCAUUAAGAAAUUAAGAGCCAAAGAGAAAGAGAGAGAAAAUAUUAACAUAAAACAGAACAAAAAGAUUAAGGAAUUGGAAGAGGAGUUGCAGCAUUUAAAACAGGUGCUUGAUGGCAAGGAAGACCUUGAGAAGCAACAUCGAGACAGCAUUAAACAACUAAACAGUGUUGUAGAGCGACAAGAAAAGGAUCUUGCUAAACUUCAGGCGGAGGUGGAAGACCUUGAAGAACGGAACAGAAGUGUCCAGGCAGCACUUGACAGUGCAUACAAGGAACUUGCAGAUCUUCAUAAAGCUAAUGCUACAAAGGACAGUGAGGCACAAGAAGCAGCCCUAAGUCGGGAAAUGAAGGCAAAGGAAGAGCUUGGAUUAGCUCUGGAGAAGGCCCAGGACAAGGCUCGGCAGGAACAAGAAACUUUGGCAAUUCAGGUGGCAGACCUGAGGCUAGCACUGCAACGUGCAGAACAGCAGGCAGCAAGAAAAGAAGACUAUUUACGCCAGGAAAUUGGUGAACUACAACAGAGACUCCAAGAAGCAGAGAGCCGGAACCAAGAACUAAGUCAAAGUGUUACAUCUGCUACACGGCCACUUCUCCGGCAGAUAGAAAAUCUGCAAGCCACGCUGGGAGCACAAACCUCUGCGUGGGAAAAACUGGAGAAAAACCUUUCUGACAGACUUGGUGAGUCUCAAACUCUUCUAGCAGCAGCUGCUGAGAGAGAACGGGCUGCUACAGAAGAACUUCUUUCUAAUAAAAUUCAGAUGUCUUCUACUGAAUCUCAGAAUAGUCUUUUAAGACAAGAAAAUACGCGCCUUCAGGCUCAGCUAGAAGUGGAGAGAAGCAGAUUGAAGAAAAUGGAAAAUGAAAACAGUAGGUAUGAGGUUGAACUAGAAGGGCUCAAAGAUGAGUAUGCGAAAACCUUGGAAGAUGCGAAGAAAGAAAAGACGCUGCUAGCUACUCAGUUAGAAAUGGAGAAGAUGAAAGUUGAACAGGAAAGAAAGAAGGCAAUUUUUGUGCAAGAAGCAGCAAAGGAGAAGGAUCGGAAGUCAUUUACAGUUGAAACUGUUUCAAGUACUCCAACUAUGUCACGCUCUAGUUCCAUAAGUGGAGUUGACAUGGCAGGUCUUCAGACAUCUUUCCUCUCACAGGAUGAUCCUCAUGAUCACUCAUUUGGGCCAAUAGCUACUAGUGGGAGCAAUCUUUAUGAUGCUAUAAGGAUGGGAGCAGGUUCAAGUAUAAUCGAAAACCUUCAAUCACAGCUAAAACUAAGAGAAGGAGAGAUUGCACAUCUGCAGCUGGAAAUUGGAAACCUUGAGAAAACUCGAUCGAUAAUGGCAGAAGAACUGGUUAAAUUAACAAACCAAAACGAUGAACUUGAAGAAAAAGUGAAGGAAAUACCAAAAUUACGUGCACAGUUAAAGGAUUUGGAUCAAAGAUACAAUACAAUUCUUCAGAUGUAUGGAGAGAAAGCGGAGGAAGCUGAAGAACUCCGACUGGAUCUCGAAGAUGUGAAAAACAUGUACAAGACUCAGAUAGAUGAACUUUUAAAACAAAGACAAAAUUAAUUCCUGCUGGAACUCUUAACAUUAUAUGAUAACAGAUUGUAAAGAUAAUUGUUUAUGUAAAUGCUGAAUUUAAAUGUCUUGUAAAAAAAAACCCCUGUAUUAUAGAAAGUGUGACUAUAUAAUAGAGUUCAUAUGUUGACAAAAAAAUCAAUGCUUUAAGUGUCUUGUACUGUCUGCAGUUAAAUUAUUUGUGCAAUAUUUAAUUUUUUUUCUCAGUCAUCCCUUUAUUUAACUUUUUGCUAAACAGUGGACCAUUUAUCUUGUAAACAGUAGCAGAAAUGAUGAUUGUUACCUUGUGAGACCAGCACUGGAAUGCAUGAGUUUUACUAAAGCAGCCCUGGAUUCAUAAACUCUGUAUAUCUAUGAAAAUGACAUUAGAAGUCUUUUUUAAGUGUUCUUAAUAUGAGUAUUUCUAAAAUCGCAUCAGUAAAUUUUUAAUAACAAAAUAGCAAUGGCUUGCUAUCUGAAGCAUAAUUGGUGGAUAUUUUUAUGACAGGAAAAAUCUCAUAUUUGUACUCAACAUCUGAACAUGUUAGGAUCAUAAUUCUCUAUUCUUGGGCAAAUCAGAUUAGUCUGACUAUUUUACACUAACUCCUCUAAGCAGAGCAUGAGACUCGGAUGAGAUUUUAUAAAUUACAGUUUCAUCUUCUAUAUUGCUUGUGUGUUGUCUCAUGAGCUGCCUAGAGACAGCAGCUCUGCUUGUAAUUCUAAAUGUGUUUAACACCAGAAAUCUGAACUAUUGCAUAUUUGUUCUAGAUUUGGAUGCUGAUUUUUAACAGUAGCUAAAACAGUUCAGAAGAAUGCAGAAAAAUGAUUUUAUUUUUUUUUAAUUAAUUACUGCUGCUCUCAUGGUUCCUUGUAUAGCAGUAGCAAGGUUUGGAAUUUUUGCAAAAUUGUACUGUGACUUAAUAUAGUUUUCAAGCAAGUCUCCAGUGGCUGCAAAGUAUUUCUCAUGCCAUUCCUUAAGCAAGGUAUUGGUCAAAUAGCAUCCACAUGGCUUGAAGUUUAGCUGCAUUUUCGGUAAUGUCAGAGGAAACGUUUGAAUUGGACCCUUGGGAAUGCUGAGAAUCGGGGGAAGAAGCUUGCGUCUUCCUCUUUGCAUUCCAGACAGCAAAUAUUUUGCUACAUCUCAGAACUGUAGCUGUAAUAGGUACUUGUGUGAAAUAUGUGGCAGUUGAAAUUCUUUGCUUAUCAUACCAUUGCCUCUAUUGUGAGAGGUUUUUUUCACAUUUGUGCCCGUUGUAGUUUGUGUUAGAGAACUCUGUUCCUGCUUGUGUAUUCAGUGGCCUGAGAGACACAAAGGAUGGGAAUGAUGAGGAAUUGCUUCUGGAGAAAAGCCUCUCAGUAAAACUACUUUUCUAUGGGUGUUGGGGAUUUAUUCCUCAUUGGGAGAACAGUUAGUCACUGAAGUUACACAGGCAAGGGUGCGUUCGUGGAAAAGCCUAGUUCAGUUUGAGAUUUAGGCAGUUAUUCUGAGGAUUUCAAUAAAGUCAUAGAGCAAGAACACUAAAAUUUGUCUUAACCCCCCCAUCUGUCAUAGAAACUUUAACUGCUUAAAUAAAAUACUUUUUUAUUUUCUUUUUUUUUUUUCUUCAUCGGGGGGUGGGAAGGAACUACCCUCUUACUGUCUUAGUUUCAGUUUUGGAAACCAGGGUGAAACCAUUUUUCUUCUAAAAAUCUCAGAAUUUAAUACUUUGCCUUCAUACUGAAGCAUGUUUGGUUGCUCUAUGUUUCAAACAAACCCCACCCCAAAACCACCCCACAAAAAAACCAAAAAACACUCCAUAUAAAAGCACUUGUUGGAACUUAUUGAUUUGCUGUGUGUUAGAAUUAUGAUGUGCAAAUGUUAGAAGUUCAGCCUUGUCUUAAAAAAAGAAACUUUUUAUGAUGGUCAAAGAUUAGAAAUUCUAUUCAGCUUUUAUCUACUGCAGCGAAUCAAUAAAUUGCUGAUUUUCACUUUUUUUUUUUUACAGUCUUGGUAGACAAAUGCAGCACUCCUUAAAAAAAAAAAAAUCCUUUGAACUUUUAUUUGGACCUAUUGCUGCCAGUGCUUUUGAAAGUACAUUUCCUGUGUAAUGUGGGAGUAGCUACUCCUUAAGGGCUGGCACAGGUGAAGUUUUGAGCAUGUCUCAGACUAUCUUGGGUUUUCAGGAAGAGCUUAGGUAAAUGGGAAGUUUUAACAUGCAGUCAGCAUUAACUGUUUUAGAUAUAAAAGCAUUUGUCAGAGCAUUAGAUUUUUAAAUUUUACAAAAGUAGAUGUAAAUACUUGUAUUGACUAUUUUGGGAUUCUUUAUUCCCACUUAGUGCAACCUUUACUAUCACAUGAGAAUGGGAUGGCCUGCUGUGUCUUAAUCAUCAAAGCCUUAGAAAACAAAGUGGCUGUUGGAAGGUAACAAAGUAUUCUGUUUUCAUCAUCUUUGAUACAAACCUUGUGUCUUGUGAAGAAAUACUAAGAUUAAUGUCUGCUUGGACACCUUAAGUUCCUUGCUAUUACUGAGAUUGCCUAGAAAAGUAACAUGCAGAAUGAAAGCACUUGGGUCAGAAUGCUGAUGUCCACUUCUGUUUAUUAUUUUAGAAUAUUCUUUCUGAAAGCAACUAACUCAUACCUCAUUUUCACUGCAUAUGCAAGUAUGAAGAAAUGCUCUUACUCAAAGUAUACUGUUCAGCGGGAGCUUACUUCCUAGUCUAUGGAAGGUAACGGAAAGGCAUUUAAAGAGCAUUUCUUCAUACUUGCAUAAAUUUAAACAGAAGUGGUAUUUGCUUCUCUGGGCAUUGUUGCAUCCUUUAUGAAGGCAGGAGGUGAUGUUCAAAAUCCUAGGUAUCCAUACGUGAGAGAGGGUUAGUUCUAUUAAUUUUUUUGUCCUACUGCAAGUUUGUUGCAAUUUAGGUACCUAUGUUUUACUAAGGGCUAUAAUGAUCAUGAAUAUGAAACUAAAUGGGUUGUCUCACGGUGAAACUGGAACCCUUGGUUUCUAGUUGUAAAAUGUGUAUAAACUGUAAAAAGCAUGGGUCGGAGUAAAAUAAAACUUUGUGCUAAGAGUG